AUGUCGUCCGCAAAUAGUAUCAAGGUUGUCGCCAGGUUCCGACCUCAGAACAGGGUCGAGCUUGAGUCGGGUGGAAAGCCCAUCGUCGCUUUCAAUGGCGAAGAUACCUGUAGUAUUAACUCCAAGGAUGCGCAAGGCAGCUUCACCUUUGACCGGGUCUUUGACAUGGGAUGCAAACAGCAAGAUAUCUUUGACUUCUCCAUUCGAUCCACCGUCGACGAUAUUCUCAAUGGAUACAACGGUACAGUUUUCGCUUACGGCCAGACCGGUGCCGGUAAGUCGUAUACCAUGAUGGGUACCAACAUCGACGACGACGAGGGCCGAGGUGUUAUUCCCCGUAUCGUUGAGCAAAUCUUUGCCAGCAUCAUGUCGAGUCCCGGCACUAUCGAGUACACGGUCCGAGUCAGCUAUAUGGAAAUUUACAUGGAGAGGAUUCGGGAUUUGCUCCAGCCCCAGAACGACAACUUGCCCGUCCACGAGGAGAAAAACCGCGGUGUCUACGUCAAGGAUCUUUUGGAAAUCUACGUCUCUAGCGUUCAGGAAGUGUACGAAGUCAUGAGGCGAGGUGGAAAUGCCCGAGCAGUUGCUGCCACCAACAUGAACCAGGAAUCUUCGCGAUCACACUCUAUUUUCGUCAUCACCAUUACACAAAAGAAUGUCGAGACCGGAUCAGCGAAGAGCGGACAGCUGUUCCUUGUUGAUUUGGCUGGUAGUGAAAAGGUUGGCAAGACCGGUGCCAGUGGACAGACCCUCGAGGAAGCCAAAAAGAUCAACAAGAGUUUGAGUGCUCUAGGAAUGGUCAUCAACGCCUUGACUGACGGCAAAUCCUCACAUAUCCCUUAUCGAGACUCCAAGUUGACCCGUAUUCUUCAAGAAUCCCUUGGUGGUAACAGUCGGACAACUCUCAUCAUCAAUUGUUCUCCCAGUAGUUACAACGAUGUCGAAACUUUGGGCACGUUGCGAUUUGGUAUGCGAGCCAAGUCUAUCAAGAACAAGGCCAAGGUCAACGCCGAGCUUAGCCCUGCCGAACUCAAGUCUCUGCUUAAGAAAGCGCAAGGACAGGUCACCAAUUUCGAGAGCUACAUCUCUAACCUCGAGGGCGAGAUUCAGAUGUGGCGUUCCGGUGAAGCAGUGCCUAAGGAGAAAUGGGCCACACCCAUUGCUUCCACCGACGUCGUUGCUAGAACCAAGGCUGACGCCAGGACGUCUACCCGACCUUCUACUCCUUCAUUAAUAUCAGAUAGCCGAUCCGAGACGCCUGCGAUAUCCGAACGUGCUGGCACUCCUAGUCUACCGCUGGACAAGGACGAGAGGGAGGAGUUUCUACGACGGGAGAAUGAACUGCAGGAUCAGAUUUCGGAGAAGGAGUCUCAAACCGUUGCGGCUGAGAAGCAGCUUCGGGAGACCAAGGAGGAGCUGGCCUACCUCAAGGAUCAUGACAGCAAAGUUGGCAAGGAGAACGAGAAGCUUACUACCGAGGUUAACGAAUUCAAGAUGCAACUCGAAAGACUCACUUUCGAGAGCAAGGAGGCUCAGAUCACCAUGGAUGCACUAAAGGAAGCCAACUCGGAGCUUACCACCGAACUCGACGAUAUGAAGCAGCAGCUUCUUGAUGUCAAGAUGAGCGCCAAGGAAAAUGGUGCUGCUCUCGACGAAAAGGAGAAGAGGAAGGCUGAGAAGAUGGCCAAGAUGAUGGCUGGCUUCGACUUGGGCGGUGAGGUAUUUAGUGAGAACGAGCGCCAUAUCGCGGAGACUAUCGAGAAGGUCGACUCGCUUCACGAGCUCAGCGCAACCGGCGACAACAUUGCACCCGACGAGUUUAAGGCACUCCGAGCUCGAUUGGUGGAGACGCAGGGUAUUGUUCGACAAGCUGAGCUGUCCAUGUACAGCUCCACCUCCAGCGAUGCCGACUCAAGACGACGACAAGAGCUUGAGACUCGUCUCGAGGCCGUCCAGGCCGAGUACGAAGAGAUCCUUACCCGCAACCUCGGCCCCGAGGAUGUUGAGGAGGUCAAGGCCCGAUUAGAGAACGCCUUUGCCAACCGACAGACUGCCCAGUCUGCAUUCGUCGACGAACUCAAGGCCGACAUUGCCCAAAAGGCAGCUGAGAACACAAGAAUGAAGACGCUGAUUGACGAUCUUCAACAGCGGGUCAAGGCUGGCGCCACCGCGCCCAUGGCUAACGGCAAGACGAUCCAGCAGCAGAUUGCCGAGUUUGACGUCAUGAAGAAGAGUCUCAUGCGCGACCUUCAGAACCGAUGCGAGCGUGUGGUAGAGCUCGAGAUCUCUCUGGAUGAGACACGAGAGCAGUAUAACAACGUUCUCCGAUCGUCAAACAACAGGGCGCAACAGAAGAAGAUGGCGUUCCUCGAGAGGAACCUGGAGCAGCUGACCCAAGUUCAACGCCAGCUAGUCGAGCAGAACUCAGCGCUCAAGAAGGAGGUUGCUAUCGCUGAGCGCAAGCUCAUUGCCCGAAAUGAGCGUAUCCAGAGCCUGGAGAGCCUGCUACAGGAUAGCCAGGAGAAGAUGGCUGCUGCGAACCACAAGUUCGAGGUUCAGCUAGCUGCUGUCAAGGAGCGUCUUGAGCUUGCCAAGGCCGGCAGCACUCGUGGUCUUAACUCGCCAGGUGGCUUUAGCUUCGCGAACGCUGGCAGCAGGAUCGCUAAGCCUCUCCGUGGAGGUGGCGGCAGCAAUGACGCUGCCCCCAUUCCUACGAUCCAGAACCUUCAGGGCCAGAGCGAGGGAAACACCAGCAGCGGUAGCAGCAGCAAGCGUGCCAGUUGGUUUUUCACCAAGUCAUAG